CCCGGUUAAAGGGCGGUGGCGGCGGGACGGGGGCGGCACUGCGGGCACGGUCGGGGCUCUGCCACCUGCUCCCCGUUCAGGUGCCAAGAUGGGGUGCUUCACCUUUAUAAAGGUCAUGAUGAUCCUCUUCAACCUGGCCAUAUUUCUCGGUGGUGGGACCCUCCUGGGCGUUGGCGUCUGGGUCACUGUGGAUGGACAGUCCUUCCUGAAUAUAUUUGGGACGCUCUCCUCUAGCGUCCUGCAGGUUGUGAAUGUGAGCUACUUCCUCAUCGUCAUCGGUGCCAUUCUGAUGGUGAUCGGCUUCCUUGGGUGCUGCGGUGCCCAGAAGGAGAGCAAGUGUCUCCUGAUGAUGUUCUUCUCGGUGGUGCUGAUCAUCUUCAUUGCUGAAAUUGCUGCUGCCGUGGUGGCUCUGGUCUACACGGGUCUUGCAGAAACGCUGCUGACAGCUGUGGUGACCCCUCUCCUGAAGGAGAAGUAUGGGGUGGAUAAGAGUCUCACGCACAUCUGGAAUGUCACCAUGACAGAGGUCCAUUGCUGUGGCCUGAAUAACUACACAGACUUUGAUGACUCCUACUGGUAUAAGAAAUGGGGAACCUACCCCGAGCCCUGCUGUAAGGACCUGCAGCCCUGCAACAGCACGCUCGCCGCACGCAGUGAAGUCCCGGGUUGUUUUGAUCAGAUCUUGGAAGAAAUCAAGACUAAUGCAGGUGUGGUGGGUGGUGUGGCAGCUGGCAUCGCUGCCUUGGAGAUCGCAGCCAUGGCUGUUUCCAUGUACCUGUACUGCCAGCUGGACCAGAAAUGACCCCACAAGGCAGGAGGAUGAUCUGGCCCGCACUGAGCUGGGGUGUGCCUGUGGCGUGUUGUGCUCUUGGGGGAGCCCAGUGCUCCCUGGGCCUGAUGCUGUCCUGUACGCUGUGAUUUUAUAGCUGUGUUUUGAUCUACUGAGCUGGGAUCUGUAGAGUUUGUGUAUAUUUUUGUACUGCCGUGGCACACUGAGUCUGUACAUAGAGAUUUGGGGUGUUUUUUGAAGAGGGGGGUGGGAGGGAGAAGAUGCUUGGUCUGUUUAGCUGAUGCCAGUGGGAGAUAAAGUGUCACAGGGGCCAACCAGGGCUGCUGAUCUGGCAGUGGUGCAGUGAUGCCUUGAGAAACCCUUGCAGGUGGGUGCUGUACCUCUCCCACACUGUCCCCACUGUGUCCCUAAGUGGGGCUGGCAGUGGGGCUGGCUUGUGCUCCCCUGCAUUGCCCCAUUGUACUGGGGCUGGUGCCCAACCAAGGUGGUGUAGGUGUUAACUACACCCUCACAUGUGGAUAGAUCUGCCCCUACACCCAUGUUCUGCCAGCCCUGAUGCUGUCACUCAGUUGUCCCCUAAAAGAGGUGCUGGCUGGUCUCUGCCCUUGCCCUGGCAUGGAGACAGCCCUGUUGAUCCCUGGCCCUGUGGCACCCUGUACCCCCUGACAUUUCGUGGCUGAGCCCCUUUUCCUGCUGUGAAGAAAAACAAAUAAAUUUUUCAUCUUGGAUACCA